AUCCACUUCCAUCGAAAUAUAAAAUCAGUGGCUUUUAAUAUCAAAGAUGAGACCUGCUCUUGCUUUAUUUCCCCUCUUGCUUUUCUUGUUUGUAGCAAUUGUAGAAACAAGAAAAGAUUUGGGACAAUAUCGAAAACUAGUCAUGAAAGAUGAAGACAUGCGAAAAGAAAUUCAAGGGCUUCUUUACACCGAGACGAAAAAGAAUCUCAAGACUCCAAAGCAGUGUUUCAAAGGUUUUAAACAUGAUUGUGAAGAGCCAUUUGUAAUAGACACACAAGUCACCAUAGAAAAUGACAUCAUCCGUGCUAAGAGAAAGAAGGGAGUCACUAAAAAUUUUGAACCAAGACCAAAUGUUUCAAAAUAUGAAGAUAAUGACAUUAAUGCUGAGGAAAAGAAGAGAGUCGUCAAAGACUUUGAACCAAGACCUAAUGUUUCAGCUUAUGGAGCAAAUGAAAUUGAUGCUAAGGAUAAGAAGGGAGUUAUUGAUGAUUUUGAACCAAGACCCAAUGUUUCAGCUUAUGGAGACAAUGACGUUGAAGCUAAGAAAAAGAAGGGAAUCACUGAAGAUUUUGAACCAAGAUACAAUGUUUCAGCAUAUGGAGACAAUGGUGUAGAAGUUAAGGGAAAGAAGAAAGUCGUUAAAGAUUUCAAACCAAGACCAAAUGUUUCAGCUUAUGGAGACAAUGGUAUUGAUGUUAAGGAAAAUAAAGGAGCCAAUACGGAUUUUGAACCAAGACCAAAUUACGUUUCAGCAUAUGGAGACAAUAAUAUUGAUGUUACAGAAAAUAAAGGAGCCAAUAAAGAUUUUGAACCAAGACCCAAUGUUUCUGCUUAUGGAGAUAGUGAUAUUGAUGUUAAGGAAAAUAAAGGAGUCAGUAAAGAUUUUGAACCAAGACCCAACGUUUCAACAUAUGGAAACAAUGAUAUCGAUGUUACAGAAAAUAAAGAAGUCAAUAAAGCUUUUGAACCAAGAGCCAACGUUUCAGCGUAUAAAAACAAUGACAUUGAUGUUAUGAAAAAGAAGAACGUUACCAAAGAUUUUGAACCAAGAUCUAACGUUUCAGUUUAUGGAGACAACAAUAUUGAUGUUGAACCCAGACCAAGUGCCACUAAAUAUGAUGCAUAAAUGAAAUAGACCACUACUUCAAUCUAUAAUUAAAUAAGUCAUUGCCGCAUAAUGUUCGAUGAUUACUUAGCAUGUAUGCUGUAUUAAGCUUUUUGAAUAAUUGUAUUCUUGUCAAGUUAAGAUAUCAGUGGUGGAACUUCCCGUUGUUUACCAAGAACUGGACUUGGACUUGUCCUUGGUGAAAGGGAAUGCUUCUUCGACAUCAAUAUCUUCCUUGAUGGAUGUUUUAAAAUAUGGGAUAUUUCUUUUAUGAA